AGAAGCAAAACGACACAGAAGACAAAAUGAAACUGAUGAGCUGAGAUCUGCAAGGUUGCACAGGGAGACAGAAGCAAGACGACAUAGAAGACAAAAUGAAUCUCAUGAACAACGAUCUGCUAGAUUAGAGCUACGCGGACAGCAAAACGCCAAUGAAACUGAACAGCAGCGAUCUCAUAGAUGCCAGCUUCAAACAGAUGCAGAGAAAAACGCACGCCUAGCAUUUAAGAAUGCCUCAGUGAAUGCUGAAAACAACGAUUUUGAUUUUCCACAGAAUUAUCUUGGCCCAAUGGACAUCGUUUGUAAACAUUGCCUAUCACUUAACUUUGAGGGGGAGAAGACAUCUAAUCAUCACGAUCAAUUCUCAAGAUGUUGCCAGAAGGUUCAAGUACAACUGCCUAAAUAUAAGCCUUACCCUGAAACAUUUCGGUGCCUCUUGACUGGUAAAGGUCCUGAGAGCAAACAUUUUAUGAAAUGUAUUCGAUCUUACAACAAUUCAUUUGCAUUUGCAUCUACAGGUGCCAAUGUGAAGCCACCAACUGGAAAUGGACCCUACUGCUUUCGAGUGUGCAGACAGAUAGUACACCGAACUGGAACACUUCACCCGAAUGAGCAAGAACAGAGGAAGUUUGACCAAAUUUACAUUCUUGAUUCAGAUGAAGCAGCACAGCAUCGCAUGAGUCUCCCCGAAAAUAAACAUUGUAAUGAAAAUAUCAUGAGGAUAAUUGGAGAGGUAAUGCAAAACAAUUCAAUAGCACAAGCCCUCAAGAUGUUACAUGAGGUUGAGAGAGAAGCAAUUGAGAAGGCAGAGAAUGAAGGAAUUGAACCAACUAAAUUGGCAUUAGCCAUUGUCAAUGAUAAAAAAAAAGACAAGAGAAGAUAUAAUAGUCCAACUGGAAAUGAGGUGGCAAUUGUCUUCCAGACAAAAGAUGGAGAGCCUCCACUUCAAAGAGAUAUAAUUAUACAUCUCAGACCUGAUUCUCUAAACCCAAAUGGAGGGAUACAACGAGUAAGUAUACUACACGAAAAGCUGGAUGCAUUGACAUACCCCAUACUGUUUCCUGGAGGAGACGACGGAUGGACAACCACAAUUGCAAGAGUAAAGAAGAAUGGGGCACAGACACGAGAAAGAAUAAGUAUGAAGGAAUAUUUCUCUUACAGAUUGUCUCCUCGAUAUGAUGAAUUUAAUCCGAUAUUGAGUGCGGGAAAAUUGACACAACAAUACAUGGUGGAUGCUUAUGUGAGAGCUGAGGCGAAUGACUUGAACUGGGUGAAAAAUAAUCAGUCAACAUUGAGAUCAGAGAAAUAUAAUGGUUUAAUGGAUGCGAUAGAAUGGGAUGAGGAAGUUCAUGGGAGUAAUAACCUGAUAGGAAAAGCAGUUAUACUGCCUUCAAGUUUCCAGGGUGGAGUACGAAACAUGCAGCAGUAUUAUCAAGAUGCUAUGGCCAUUGUCACAAAGUAUGGAAAGCCUGAUUUAUUUGUAACAAUGACUUGCAACCCAAAAUGGAAAGAAAUAACUGAAAAUCUCAAACCUUGGGAAAAAUCUGAAUUCAGACCUGACUUGGUCGCACGAGUAUUUCACUUGAAACUUAAACAACUUCUUGAUGACAUUACAAAUAGGCGUAAGUCAUUAUUUGGGAAGGUUCUUGCACAUGUGCAUGUUAUUGAGUUUCAGAAGAGAGGUCUUCCACAUGCACACAUUCUGAUCAUCUUAGACACGGACGAAAAAAUUACCACUCCUGAAGAUAUUGAUAAAAUUGUGAAAGCAGAGAUUCCAGAUAAAGAGACUUCGCCACGACUUUUUGAAAUAGUCACGAAACAUAUGAUCCAUGGACCAUGUGGGAGGAGAAACCCUUCAAGUCCCUGCAUGGUUGACAGUGAUUGCACGAAGAACUUCCCAAAGUCCUUCUGUGAUGCUACGCUUGGAAAUUUGGAUGGAUAUCCAUAUUAUAGACGACGGAAUCAAGGAUCUGUUGAGGUGAAUGGGAAGUUGAUAGAUAAUAGCUGGGUUGUUCCUUACAAUCCAUACUUAUUACUAACAUAUAAUUGUCAUAUAAAUGUGGAGAUCUGUUCAUCAGUAAAGAGUGUGAAGUACUUAUACAAGUAUGUAUACAAAGGUCAUGAUUGUGCAAACCUUUGUAUUACUGAGAGGAACGAAAGAGAUGAGACGAAGGAGUAUGUGGACUCACGAUAUGUGAGUGCACCUGAAGCGAUUCAUCGAAUUUUUAGAUUCAAGAUGCAUGAUCAGUCGCACACUAUCUAUAGACUACCAGUACAUCUGCAAAAUGAACACAUUGUGUACUUUCAACAGGGAAAUGAACAGCUGGCUGCACAUCGAGCUCAGAGGAAAGAUACGAAAUUGACAGGAUGGUUUAAGUUGAAUGUAGUAGAUGAAACUGCGCAUGACUUUACUUAUUCCGAAAUAUCCAAACACUUCGUUUGGAAGGAUACGACUGCAAUGUGGGAAAGGAAACAAAUGGGAGGAGAGAAAGUGAUUGGGAGAAUGGUAAAUGUAAGUAUUAAAGACCCAGAAAGAUACUAUCUUCGAUUACUUUUAUGCCACGAAAAGGCAGUGACAUCUUUUCAACACUUACGAACAAUUGUGGUGAACAACGAGUCCGUUCAGACACAAUUCAUGAUGCCAUUGUUUAUGCAAUGCCAUUCCAGCUUAGGCAAAUGUUUGCUUAUAUUCUGUGCUUAUGGUCUUCCCUCUGAUGCUCUUAAGUUAUGGAAUGAUAAUUUACAGUAUUUGACAGAGGACGUUUGCUCUGAGCGACAUCUCAAACAGGGUGAAUGUCAAAGAUGUGCCGAGUAUGCACUUAAGGAUGUAAAAGAUACCCUGACUCUUCUUGGUCAUUCACUCUGCAAUUUCAAUUUACCUGAUGUGGGCUAUGAUUUGCCAAGUAUGAAUCAGAUUAUCCAUGAUUCAGAUGUUGAGCAGGAGGCCGCUGAUGAGAUGAUUAGAUCUUUGAAUGAUGACCAACGACAAGCAUUUACAACAAUAAUCAAUGCUGUGAAUGAUGAAGAGAUCUACCCUAAAUGUUUUUUCCUGGACGGUCCCGGAGGAAGUGGGAAGACAUAUUUGUAUCGAACUCUUCUUCAUUACUUUCGAGCAAGGAAUGAAAUUGUCAUUCCCAUAGCAUCAACCGGAAUUGCGGCAAACUUGCUCAGUGGAGGUAGAACCUACCAUUCUCUGUUUAAGUUACCUUUAGAAGUCAAUGAGACAUCCAUUUCAAACCUGAGUUUGGAGUCGAAAGAUGGAAGAGAUGUUAGAUUAGCAAAGUUGCUUAUCUUGGAUGAAUGCACCAUGGCAUCGAGCCAUGUUAUGAAUGCCAUUGACAAAAUUCUAAGAGAGGUAACUGGACAUCAAAUUUCAUUUGGUGGGAAGGUAAAAUUACUUGGAGGUGACUUUCGGCAAUGCUUAAACAUUCUCCCGCACGCAAUGCGACCAGCGAUUGUCCAGUCUGGACUUAAGUAUUGUGAUUCUUGGAGCUUCUUUAAGAAACUCACAUUGAGUACCAAUAUGAGAUCACAGGACCCUAAAUAUAGUGAAUGGCUGUUGAAAUUGGGAAACGGCACAUUGGGAAAUUCUCUUGAACUUGAACACACUAUCGAGGUUCCCCCUGAAUUUCUUUGUGAAGGUGAUUUGGUGAAGAAGGUAUUUGGUGAGCAAAUAACUCCUAAUAUGAUACCAACCAUUAAAAAUAGGGCUAUACUUUGCCCUAAAAAUGCUGACGUCGGCAGAAUCAAUGACGAAGUUUUGAAACUUUUACAUGAGCAAGAGGAAAAAACUUAUUACAGCUACGAUGAGAUACAAACUGAUGAUCACCAGGAAAGAUUAAAUUACCCUAUAGAGUACCUGAACAGUGUACGUGCAUCGGGAUUACCCCCUCAUGAACUCCACUUGAAGGUUGGCACCAUCAUAAUGCUGCUGAGGAACCUCAACACAAAAAGAGGAUUAUGUAAUGGAACCCGAUUAGUUGUGAUGAGUUUAAGAGAUCAUGUCAUCGAAGCAGAAGUGCUUACUGGGUCCGGAUCGGGACAGAUAAUCCUGAUACCACGAACUGAUUUAACAAAUAAUGGUUCUGAUUACCCAUUUACCCUGAAACGACGACAGUUUCCUGUCAAGGCUUCGUUUGCAAUGACCAUCAAUAAGUCACAAGGACAGACUCUUGACAGGGUUGGAAUUUUUUUGUCUGAACCUGUUUUUGGACAUGGACAACUUUACGUUGCUUUUUCCAGAGUAAGGAGAGCAACUGAUGUCAAAAUCAAGAUUCUGAAAACAUCAGAACAAGGCAAAUUGAUUCCAAAUAAUAGUAAUUUUUUUACCAAAAAUGUUGUAUAUAGAGAAGUUUUAUGA